CAAAACUUGAUUAUCAUAAUGAGUAAAUAGUAAGUCGUAGAUUAGGCUAGGUGGCCAUUUUCAUUGAACUGUUGGAAAUAAUAUGAAGCACGAAACGCUUCGCUGCGCUCGUUGUGACGGAAUAAUAGAAGUUGCAAGCGGUGCUGGUGUAUUACAAUAACUAUGUCUAUUACUGAACCAGCAGAAGAUUCAACUGAACAAACGAAAAACAGAAUUAGCGACAAAGAUGCCACAAAGAAAAAUGAAACAACCGUUCAAUAUAAGCAAAGCGAUUCGAGAGAAGGAUCAAUAAACUUCGCAAAAAACGACGGAGGUCCAGAGCUUCUAUUUCCGAGAGACAUCCAGUUGUCAGUCAUCGAGGAAGCAACGUGUAAACCUUUAAAAAGUAUCCACCCACAAAACGGAUUAAACCAAAGGGAAAAUACUCAGAACGUCGACGCACUUAAGCCAGUUUAUACAUUAAAACAAGUCAAUCAAAACAAUAGCGGAGAAGCCAACCAGCAUAGAAGGGCAAAAAUUCAACGAGAUUUCUGUAACUCUCCCAACUCUUGCUACGGUCGGAUUUAUCCAAGUCUUUCCAAGUUCAAAACUGGCGACUCGGAUUUAAAGCCCCUGCUUCCGGAAAAGCUUCGUCGAACGCAUCAAAAUAUACCAUACGACCUUGGAAAUAAAAUAUCUGCUACUUCUCCCCAAAUCAAUCAAGGGGGGACCAUUAACACAUAUUCUACCAAAACGUUUCAGAGGCCGAUGAAGAAGAGACGACAAACCAGGUUUGUCACAAAGAAGGGUCACUGCAAUGUACGACAUGGUAACGUUAAAGACAGACUACGAUAUUUCGCCGAUUUAUUUACGUCAAUUGUUGACCUCAAAUGGAGAUAUAACGUUGCAAUAUUUGUCGCCACAUACACUUUUACUUGGCUUGUUUUCGCUUUUCUAUGGUGGUUUGUGUCUUUCCUCAGGGGAGACUUUGACAAGAUGAACUCUGACGAAGUGUGCGUAAUCGGCAUUGAUUCUUUUAUGUCAGCCUUUCUUUUCUCCAUUGAAACCCAGGUAACUAUCGGGUAUGGGACAAGAGCAAUCACAGAUGUUUGUCCAGAAGCGAUUAUCUUGUUAAUAGUGCAAAGUAUAUUUGGUUCAAUCGUUGAUGCAUUCAUGGUUGGAUGUAUGUUCGUUAAAAUUUCCCAACCAAACAAACGUGCAGAAACAUUAAUGUUUAGCGAAAAAUCUGUCAUUUCAUUGAGGGAUGGAAAAAUGUGUCUUAUGUUUAGGGUCGGAGACCUAAGAAACUCUCAUAUUGUCGAAGCUCAAAUUCGCGCAAAGUUAAUAAAAUCUCGUCAAACGCAAGAAGGCGAAUUCAUGGCUCUUGAUCAAACGGAUCUAGACGUCGGUUACACCACUGGUGCUGAUCGACUUUUCUUGGUGACGCCUUUGAUCAUUUGUCAUGUGAUUGACGAAAAGUCACCGUUUUGGAACAUGUCCCAAUCUGAUCUGAAAGAGGAAGAAUUUGAAAUUGUGGUUAUAUUGGAAGGCAUGGUGGAAGCAACAGGAAUGACUUGCCAAGCUCGAAGCUCCUAUGUGGAGGAUGAAGUAAUGUGGGGUCAACGCUUUAUGCCAGUACUAAUGUUGGAAAAAGGUUUUUAUGAUGUUAAUUAUUCUAAUUUUCACGAUCACUUUGAAGUUGACACUCCUGACAUUAGUGCAAAAGAACAACAAUUAAUGAAACAACUGCCACAAGAGGGUGGGAAAGAGAACUCUUGUGAACAGUUGGUUCGUACACGACCGAUGAUUGUUCAAUCUUCUCGAAGCUUGAAACUUGUUCCAAGGGAACCUACCGUACUGGAAACCAGUAACUCAUUUUUGUCUGCGAGUAACUCGUCUCAAAGAGUAGAUCGCCUCAGUGACAACUGGGAAGAAAAAAAUGAAGACUCGGCACUCGUUAGCCAAAACCAAAAUAAUAAUAACUUGCCACAUUAUGUUCAAACGAGCCCAACCAAUGGCAGGACAAGUACUCAGACAAAACUUGGUAUAUCUCGACACCGAGCAUACGACAAGAGUCCUACUAAAGAAUCGUUGCUUAGCAACAGUAACGAACCGUUGUCAUCAAGGCGGAAACCGCAAAUGAAUAUUCCGAACGGUGUAUUCCAUGAUUAUGUAAUAGAUGAUCUAGAGUUCUAACGUAGGCCGUUUAUUUCGUUUUCGUAUUUUCGUGUAUAAGUUUCUUUAAAAUUAAUAAAGCUAUACCAUUGUGAA